AAUACAACACAGGUUUAGUACACUUUUAGUGCAUCUUUAUUAGAUUUUGUGUCAGCAAAUAACUCUCUUUCUCCGUCAUCGCCUUGCUUGCUGUACAAAUUUGUUACAAAUUCAAUUUAUUUUCCAACAACUUUCCAGUAUGCAGAUCAGUUAUCAACCCACUUGAUGAAGAUAACAAAAGUCGACCGAUACUGCCCAAAUUCUUUUUUGAGUAGGAUUGAUUCAUUUGAAGCCUUACAGUAGACGACGACCACUCGGUGUAAAAUAAUUCAAAUUGGUUCACACAAUGGGAGCCACUACGCAGGAGACUCAUUCCAUCGUUGGCAAUGAUAUGCCGUACCAUGAAAAUACCCACGAGUUUAUAAUUAAUCACACUGAUAAUUAAAUAAUUUCUGGAUGAUAAAUUGGAGUCAGGUAAUUCCACCUUUCGCAACAUGUACGCCAUCCCAAUCACCGCUCCAAACGACAUGUUCUUUACCCCAAUCGUCCCUCAACUUCAUCCGUCCGGCGUCGAGGUCAUCGUCAACUCUGCAAAUCUCGCGAUCCUACAUGGACCUUCGAUUGAGAAAAAACUCCCCCAAAAAUUUCGAAAAUCACUCUUCAACUUAAAAAUUGUACACAUUCCUCACACCGAUUUAGCCAUCAGUGUUGCUCUUACCAAUUUGUGCCGUGCCAUCUCUCGUCCGUCCACGUUACAUAGAAUAGUUCGCAUCUCCAAUUACACCAUCGGACCGGACUUUGUCGUCAUUCUCAACCUCAUGAAACGUCACUUUCCUCCAAAACUACAAAAUGGUUUGAUUUCCUCGCUUCAAACCCAGCAAUACUUAUCAUACGAAAAACUACUUAACUUCAUCGGGCUAUUACACCAUCUCGAGGACACCUCCUUUCAUCCAGGCUUCCACCUUCCGAUCACCAUUUGGAGGACGAACUGCAGAAUCAGGUCGGCAAACGAGUUCGUCUUUCAUUGUGGAUCUUGUUCAAAAAAGAAAAAAACAUCGCAACUAAUCCUUACAAAAGAUGACAUCUUUCACCUCCGUCACGGCACGACUGGCACAGAUUUAGCCGACAUGCUCAAUCUCUCCAAAAAUGCUGUCUUCCUCAAAGGAUAUCGUCACACGAGGCCGGAAAUGAUGAAGGACGUCUGUCCUCAAGGCCUCCUUUACUUCGAUGUGGACCUCGAAUCGAAAAAUGUGUCAAAUUUCCACGCAUUUCAAAAUCGUUACGGUGCCGCGAGUAUAAAAUUUCAUUUAGAAAAUGCACCCUUAUUAAUCCAGAAAAAGCCAUGGCGCUAUUUUAAAGUCGGCACUAAAAAGUACUCGAAAGGAUACAAGCAGCAAAUCCAUGCUACGAAAAGUACGGAAUUUUGGCUUCUGGAAGAAUCUCGGUCAGAAUUGCAUUCUUUGAGUGAAAUAAAUCUCGACGCAGGGUUCCAGUGGGAGCUGAAUUAUUGUGCAUUAAAUUGUCAAAAUGGAUUUUGGACACAUCCAGAAAUUGUGAUUGAUGGCAAUCUUGAGGUUAAAUUGAGCGAGGUGAAAAUCAGGUUUGAGCCGAAUCACAAAUGUAUCCAGCUUCCGGAUGGGAGGAGAUUUAAUUGUAUCGAGUGCGACAUUCGGGAAAGUUUUGGACUUUGUUACGCCCUCGUGGGUGGAAAUUGGGUGGUGGUAAUGUUGGACGUUUCGAGCUCAGAGGAUCUCUCGAUACAAAUGUUUGCUCUCUCGAUGCCACAUAAUAAUAGGAAUAAGUUGGAGAAAAUGUACCAGAAGAAGGCGGGAUUAUUUGAAAAAGGACAAUUCGACAAGAUUUUGUACCAUUGGAAGAAUACGGCGGAAAUGUGGGUAGAGCGAUGGGCCACGUCGAAAAAUUUGGACUUGAUGUACACAAUAUAUCAAUUAUCUCGGGGAAAUUUACGUUAUUGAGAUUAGGUUAAAGUUCCAGUUGCAGACUUCAUUUGUACAUAUAUAAUAUCAUGUUUCCAAUUUUAUUGUUUGAUUAGUCUAGUUUUUUUACGGACCGUGGUUAUAGUUUUGAUAACGCAUUCAGAAAAUUGGAUUUGGUGAGAUAUGACAAAAUCUGGAGCAGAUUUUAUGAAACUGGAAAAUUAUUUAUAGUAGCAAGAUAUUUAUCUACCGAUUGUAUUCAUUGUAAAUAGAGUGCUAAAUAUUUAAGUAUAAUGACGAAGAUAAAGAAAAAUUCAACCUUUUCAGAAA